AUGGGUCGGUGCAGUACUGUUAUUCGCCGCUAUUUUCGAUCUCAUCUCGGACACUAUCCAGCAACAGUCGAUAUUGUGGCGCGUAGAGGUCGGGAAGCUCCUGAUAGAUCGGUCGACAUUGCCAGCACCGACAUUCCCACUUGUUUGGCGGCUUGCGAGAUGCUUCCCGCACAUUUCCGAUCGUGGAAAAUGCUUGGUCCAUGUGCGCACGACACAGCACGUGGCAACAUGCGUCGAGCAAUGUUUUCUUCGUGGCCUGUCGAUUAUCAACCACGGAGCUCGAAGGAUCGGACCGAGUUGGCGCCGAUUUUACGUCAACAUCCACUUGAAGUGUUGCCUUUCAAUGGCUGCAGGAGUCUGGGCGAAGCUUCCUCUGAAACGUGCUGGUUCCAGCGCAAGUUUUUGACGAAUAAUGAAACGAAGCCAUGA